AUAUUUGCCUUGAUUGAAAGAUUUUUUGACGUUGACGCCGGUACUGUUCGGCUCUUUGACGUAGACGUGCGCCAGCUACCGUUGGCUGAGCUGCGCUCGACGGUGGGGCUAGUCGAGCAGGACGCGCCGCUGAUGCGCGGCAGC